UCGAGCUGGCCCAUUAGAGCCCACGUCUCUAGGGUUUGCUGAGGGUAUAAAAAAGCGUGUUCUGCAAUUCCAACCCCGCCGCCGCUCUUCGUCCUCCUCCUCUCUUCGCGUUAGGGUUAGGGUCAUCCUCUGGAAGAUCAGAGAUGGCGGUGCCGCUGCUGACCACGAAGAUCGUGAAGAAGCGGGUCAAGCAGUUCAAGAGGGCCCAUAGCGACCGCUACAUCGGCCUCAAGACUAGCUGGCGCAGGCCGAAGGGUAUUGACUCCCGUGUCAGGAGAAAGUUCAAGGGAUGCACCUUGAUGCCCAACAUUGGUUAUGGUUCUGACAAGAAAACAAGGCAUUACCUGCCUAACAAGUUCAAGAAGUUUGUUGUCCACAAUGUCUCUGAGCUGGAGUUGCUUAUGAUGCACAACAGGACCUACUGUGCGGAGAUCGCCCAUAACGUAUCUACAAAGAAGCGCAAGGACAUUGUUGAGCGUGCCGCACAGCUUGACAUCGUGGUCACCAACAAGCUUGCAAGGCUCCGCAGCCAGGAGGAAGAGUAGAGUGUCUGUCCUUUGGUACUAUGUUUUGCUCUGGUUAUUAUGUAGGAAACUAUUUGGCUGUUCUUCCUUGUGCUACUGUAAUGGAUGCCUAUUGUGUCAACCUUUUUGCUAUCAGCAGCGACUUUAAUGCGUCAAAUAUUGUUUACAUCAGCAAUCUCGAUCUCAUUGUCA